AUGAGUUCUGAUUCAUCGUCUCGUGCUCAGUCCGACGAGGAAAUAUCACAUUCUUCUUCCGAAGAAGAGGUACCUCCCGCUCCCACCGGAUGGGAUGUAGCGGGUUUCGCCAACAACCCAAUCAACAACUAUAUCUCCCGCCGCAUACAAAGCGAGAUCGCUCGAAUGCAGCAGCCACCCCCCCAACGGCCAAUCCGCCGGCGGCGCCGAUACAUCCCUCGCAACCACACUGGUGCGCACGAUCGGCUGUUCGCCGAUUAUUUCGCGGAGGAACCACGUUAUCCGGCAGAUGUAUUUCGUCGCCGGUUCAGAAUGCGCCGCUCCCUCUUCCUGCGCAUUGUUAAUGCGUUGUCCGCGCGUUACCCCGAGUUCCGGCUCCAGCGAGACGCAGCAGGGAAGCCCGGACUAUCGCCCCUACAGAAAUGCACUGUUGCCAUCCGGCAGUUGGCAUAUGGAGGGUCCGCCGACAUGUUCGAUGAGUAUACGCAAUGCGGCGAGACGGACGGCAGCGAGUGCACUGAAGAAUUUCUGUCGGGGCGUGCGAGAAGAUAUUUGGGGAGCACUACCUUCGCUCGCCGGGCGCAGGUGGCUGCCAGUUCCUCUUGCGGAUUGGCCUUUGGAGGACCCACGGCUUUCCGGGGAUGCUCGGCGGCAUCGCGGAUCAACGGAUUAGGCCCCUCCAUCGAAUUCACGGCCAAUGGCAAUGUGCAUAACAUGGGGUACUACCUGGCUGACGGCAUCUAUCCGCAAUGGCCCGUGUUUCUGAAGACGAUCAGAUGCCCACUCGGAGAUAGAAGAAGGUAUUUUGCCCGAGCGCAAGAGUCUGCGCGCAAGGAUGUGGAGAGGGCAUUUGGGGUGCUCCAAUCGCGAUUUGCACUGGUAAAGGGUCCGACGCGCUUUUUCUACCAGGGGGAUAUUGCCGAUAUCAUGUAUGCGUGCAUCAUCAUGCAUAACAUGAUCAUCGAAGAUGAACACGAAGGCGUCCUCGACGUCACCAACGACCCAAGUGUUGCAUCAUCGAGUCACGGUGUCUCAACCGAGUCCGCCCGCCAGGGUGUACCGCACAACGAACAUGAACGGUUCCAGGCGUUCAUGGACAUACACCAGAAGGAGGCCCAUCAAGCACUACAACACGAUAUCAUCGAAGAAUUCAUUCCUGGAUUGCGCGCGCAACCCGUCAUUGUAACUGGCGACAAAUCAAUUAUAUAUAUGAAGUCCACAUUCAUUACAUAG